AUGUAUUUGGGACAAAAUUUCAAUGACUUGCCCACUCUGCCCCCACGUGCUGGCUUUGGGGGAGUCGGUGGGAGUGGAACUACAUCUGCCAGAGUAGACAGAAGAGGCGCUGCCUCCACCAUCCCUGUGGACCAAGAAGCCGACGGUGAUUCUGAAGUGAAUCCAGAUGAUUUCAUAGUCCAAGCAAUCCCGAGUGCAAGGCAGGGAGCCACUAGCGGAAAACGGUCGCUAGAGGCCGAUGUCACUGCUAAUGCGAGUGGGACAGUGCCUAAGAGGCCUCGUCGAACUUGCACAUUGAGAUCAGCUACAACGCGUGACGCUAUUGAGGAACAGCCGGAGGAGGAAGAAGAAGACACAUCAUUUUUUGUUAGGCAGAUGUCUCCACCAGACCUAUUAAGUACCCGAGUGCCGACCCAAGGUGAUGAGGGUACACGUGGAUAG